CGGCGGAGGCGGGGACGGCAGCGGCGGCGGCGGCGGCGGCGGCGGCGGGGACACCCAUGGGGCGCGGGCGGCCCUAGGCUGCUCGUCGGCCGCAGCAUGCCGGGCCCCCUGCGCCUGCUGGGGCUGCUCUGGCUCUGCAGCCUCUGCCGCGGGUACUUCGAGGGGCCGCUGUACCCCGAGAUGUCCAACGGGAGCCUGCACCACUACUUCGUCCCCGACGGGGACUACGAGGAGAACGACGACCCCGAGCGGUGCCAGCUGCUGUUCCGGGUGAGCGAGCAGCGGCGGUGCGGGGCGGCGGCGGCGCCGGGCGGCGGGCUCAGCCUGCGGGAGGAGCUCACGGUGCUGGGCCGGCAGGUGGAGGACGCGGGCCGGGUGCUGGAGGGCAUCGGCAGGAGCAUCUCCUACGACCUGGACGGGGAGGAGAGCUACGGCGCCUACCUGCGCCGGGAGUCCGCGCAGAUCAGCGACGCGUACUCCAGCUCGGACCGCUCGCUGAGCGAGCUGGAGGGCAAGUUCCGCCAGGGGCAGGAGCAGGGCGGCCGGGAGGAGUCCCGCCUGGGCGACAGCUUCCUGGGGCUGCUGCUGCACGCCCGCGCCCUGCUGCGAGAGACCCGCCACAUCUCCAGCGGGCUGCGCGACAAGCACGACCUGCUGGCCCUCACCGUCCGCAGCCACGGCGCCCGCCUCAGCCGCCUCAAGAACGACUAUCUCCGCGCCUGAGAGCGGCCCCUGCCCCGCCCCGGCCGAACCCGGACCCCCGCCGCCUUCAGACGGGACCCCCAGCCCUGCCGCCAGCCCCCCCGGAAGGCACAGCCCCGGCGUCUGCCUGGAAGGAGCACCUCCUUGCACAGAUCUUAGGUUGGGAGAGACCUCCCAGGAUCACCAAGUCCAGCCUUCGAAUGAACGCCACCAUGCCCGCUAAAACAUGUCGCGAAGUGCCAGAUCUGCAAAUUUUUUUAACACUUCCAGGGAUGGUGACUCCACCAAAAUACACCCUUCUUCGUGGAAAAAAACUUUAUUUAUUCUGUUUGACUUUCUAAACAAAUAGCACGAUUCUAUAAACCAGGAGGUUCGAGGUAUGUUUAAGUUGAUACCCCGUGUUCAAAAAAACCUGCCCUCUGUUGCAUGAUUCAUCUUCGGUUCCAAAGUGAAGUAAGCGUUCUCGUCUCUGAUUCCCUGUUGUUUGUUUAUAUAUCACCUGUUCUGCUGUGGCUCAUCUGCCACAAGCGUGGAUGCAGUGUGGUGCUCGGCAGCCCCUUCCAGCCUCGUGUGUAGCAAAUACUUAAAUUGCAUUUGUUGUUACUCCUUCAGAGUGAAACCUCUGGCCCUCUGUUAACUUUGUUAACCUUUUGUAUUGGUUCGUAUUCUAUGCACGUUAAACGUUGUUCUCCUACAUAACUUAAAGCUGUGAUUUUUCAUUUGUGUUUGGAGAGAUGGGAGUUAUUCUGGCAGGAUUUGUACUCUUCCAGGCUUGCUUAUCUGUGACUCUAAGCUAUCAUAACCCCAAGAACCAGCCAAAAAGGUUUAUGUCAGAUCCUGAGAAUGCUGACGGAGAUUUUUAUAGUAAAAGGAAUGAACCCUAGUGGCGAUUGGAGUUUUUGAUCCCAAAUUUGAGAGCCAGGAGCAUGCUUCUAGAGCAGACAAAAAGGUUUUGUCUGUGCUAGCACAGUGAUAUUUCUUUUUGGUGACUUUGUACUUUUGCUAGCUAAGCUAUUAAUAAAGCUAUUUGUGGUCCUAGACAAUAGCAAAAGUGCCUAGUGGGAAGGAGGGGGAGGAUUGUUUGGGUUUGUAGACUCAUUGCUAUUUAACUGACAACUAGGGGUAAUGUGGCUAUUACGUUACAGAUACUGCAGGCAGAAUCGCUAUUUGGAUGAAAAACGUUCGUAUGUUGUUUUAAUAAAUAUUUGAAAACAAUGUUAAAGUACAUUUUUGUUCUUUUACUGAUUUCCUUGAGACGCUCUUAAUUUAAAACAUGCUGUUGAAAUGUCUGUUCAGAAAAAAAAUUGCAAAUUUGUAGCUCCUGCCAAGUGAAAUAACUUGCUUUUUUAGUAAAAACAAAUAAAACAAAAGUUUACAGACUC